ACCAAUCAGUGAAGUCCUCGGUAAAGCACUGCCCAAAACAGUCAUGGCGGCAUUCAGCGUCCUCCGAGUUGCGGCAGCGUUUGCCGCCCGGAUAAAUCCUUUAAAACGUGCAAAUCAGUCGUCAGAUCUACUUUCCAGGGCUGUAGUGCGAUCUGAACAAGUUGCCGUCCGUUAUGGAAGUCAUGGGAAGAAAAUGUUUGUCAUCAAGCCCACUGACUUUUAUGACCGAAGAUUUCUCCAUUUACUGAAAUAUUAUGCCCUGCUCACCGGGAUUCCUGUUGCAGCGUUUGUGACGUUUGUAAAUGUUUUCAUUGGUGAGGCUGAAUUGGCUGAAAUCCCUGAGGGCUAUGAGCCAGAGCAUUGGGAGUACUACAAGCAUCCUAUUACUCGAUGGAUUGCCCGGAACAUUUACGACAGUCCAGUGAAGGAUUAUGAGAAAAUGAUGGCACUUAUCCAAAUUGAGAGUGAGAAGGCUGAAAUGAGACAAAAACAGCUUGAGGUUCGAAAGCACAUGAGGGCAAAAGGAGAUGGACCCUGGUUUUAUGUCGACACAGUUGAUAAGAACCUUAUCGACCAGAGUCCCAAAGCAACACCUGAUAAUUAAAGACCCGGGGUGGACAUCUGAUGACCGUCACCUCGAACCUGAUCUUGAACUAUUGUCAUUAUACAAUGUAUAAUGGAUACUGAUGUUUGUGCAGAUAUAUUUGUGUUCUUUUGCUGCUCGCACCAAUAAAGUGUGGAAGCCAAA